UGAUUGAAAAUGUUGACAUUUCUACCAUGAAAUUGUGGCCAGACCACCGGGCAGACGUCCCCAGAUUCUGUCCGAAACAAGUGGGCCGGCCUACUAGUGCCACAACCUCCUUUGUCGUGUCCUUAUCUCAGUACUUCCAAACAUCUGCCCUUCCGACCUCACAACACUACGACAGGACGCCUCUUCUACAAUCCACUCCUUCGCCUUCGAUCGCCAAUCGCAUUAAUUGAUAUCCAGGUUCUACAUCAUGUCUUCGCCCCGCCCUUCCUCCCCAAUUAACUCUCCCGCUGGCCUGAGCAGCGGUCGUCCAUCAUCCCCAACUCCUCCCGGUGGACCAAAGACUGCGAUCCGUCGUCGCGCGGCGGCUGAUCAGAAGGAUAAGGUUGCAAAUGCCAGGCCGAGCUCUACAAGAGCUGCUGGUGCCGGUGGAAGCUCGAGUACGAUGUUGAGGCUUUACACCGAUGAAUCUCCAGGAUUGAAGGUCGAUCCAGUCGUUGUUCUUGUUCUUUCCCUGGUCUUCAUCUUCAGCGUUGUUGCGUUGCACAUCAUCGCCAAAGUCACGCGGAAAUUCUCUUCCUAAAGCCGGCACGGGCCAUGGGAGUAGAUGUGGCUUGAAGUAGUGGAUGAGAGGAAACAAUGAGGUCGGAAUUACUUGGUGCCUACGGUUUUUUACGGAGAGGGACUUUCAAAAUUUGAUACUCUGCAUGGGCUUCAUAUGGCUGGCUAUUACAAUUUUGGGACUGGGCUGGGUAUGAACCAUGUCGUUCUUUGUACUAUAAGCAGAUUUCAUGGAAAGAUUUGGUGCAGU